UAUUCAUGUUUAUCUUCUUGUUGUUUUUGUCUCAGGUUCUGAUUUGGUAAGCCUACUGUUUUUCUUUUUUAUUAAUACCCCUCCCAAGGUUCUUCGGGCACUUAAGUAUUCCUUACAGCCCCCUGUGGAGGACGUCUCUCUCAUAUGGACCCUUCCUUCUGGUGUGGAAGGCAUCAUCCUGUCCCAAGUCCCCACUUGCUUCUUCCAGGGACAAAGGUCUAUUGUCUACACUCAGCUAAAGGGAAAGGUGGAGAAUGAAGCUGAAGUUGAGGUCUGUCUGCAGUACAAGUUUAAUGAAGAAAUUAUAAAGAACAGCCUACAUUUUCUGCUGGACAUGCAGAAUACAGAAAGGCCCACCAUCCACAGACUGGCAGCCAAAGCUCUGAUCUCUGAACUGGAACAUGGACCAGAGUCACCAUCCGAAGAGGUGAAGAAGAAGAUCUUGGAGACCAGUCUGCAGUCUGGUGUUGUCUCCUCUCUCACAGCCUAUGUAGCCGUCAACAAGGACACCAACACACGUGUGGAGGGACCUCCUAUGUGCAGGGAUAUGGUACUUGAAAGAGACCAAGCCCUCAGUGAACUUGAUGUGCUCUGUUCUUCUAACUUUGCAACUCCUAUGAGAAAGAUGACCACAUCUGGUACAUCACCACAAAAGCUGGCUGAUUGGUUUAAGAAAAUGACUAUAUCAGUGGCAAAUUUGUUUAAGAGGUCUGAAGAACCAUCUGAGGAGGAAACUGAAGAAUGUCUUACAUUACCAUCUCCACCAUCACCGCCCCCGCCUGAUGUUCCAGUGGAGACCCCCGCUUUUGUGAGGCUGAUUUCCCUACAGAACGCGGACGGAUCCUGGAAUCUGACCCCCGAAAUCUCUGCUGUCCUGGGAAUAUCUGAGACGGAUAUAAAGACCGGGAACCACGACCAGAACAUGGAGGUGUCGGUGUGGGUGACGGUCCUGGCGGUGAUCUGGCUUCACACCACCUGUGAGGAUCAGAGAGAGGAGUGGGAGCUGCUGGAGAAAAAAGCCACCUCCUGGGUCAGGGCUAAAGCAGGUUCCUCUCUGGGGGAGUUUGUCAGAUCCGGGAACGAGCUGCUGAAAUCCUCCGUGGACCCCGAAGUGUUCGGCCUCUAAGAGGAGACGUCUGGAGGAACCAAGAUGGCGGAAUGUUGCUGCAUUUCAUUUUGUGCCUAAACAGUUUUUGUGCCUUUGUACUGUGCUCCUGUAUCUGUGAGCGAUACCAAAGUUAGAUGUGCCGAGUUUACUAUUAGG